AUGUCUCUGAGGCUGAGACACCACAACAGAGGCAUAGUGCAGCAGGACAAUGCUAACUAUGAAGUGGGUGCAGGCAAUGCAGACUCAAGCUGCUCCUCAGGCCAGUUCACCUCCUCCAGGUCAAGCAAGGGAUACAGCAGUAGGACCGGCAGCAGGGAAGACUCUCAGGGGUCAUCCACUCAGUCAGACUACAAGGAGGAGGCUGACACUACUGCAAAUAGGACCCUUUCCCUCUCACCAAGCAAGAAGCCAGGUCUAAGCACGAAGACAGAGAAAGCACGAACUCAAAACAAAAGAGGGCAGUGGUGCAAAAAGAAGAAAAACACUCUUUCAAGGAACCACAAGGCCUCUCGCUUCCCUCCAAUCAAGCCCCUGCAGGGCUCAAACCAGCGCACCAGUUCUGCCCACAGGCACCGCAUCAAGGAACUCAACAGUCAAGUGUGGGAGCUACUGCAGCAGCUGAGUGGUGUCGCCACAGAGAACAAGUUGCUAAAAUAGCUCCAGGGCCGCCACGCGGUGGUGCUACAGCGCUUCCAGGAUUCACAGAGUGGCCUUCCCCGGGUUCUGGCCAAGCACGGAAACGCGAUGCGGGCUCUGCAGGGGCUCCAGUGUAAAGCCCGCAACCGCCGCAACUGUCUAUCCAGGCGUCUGAGGGGCACAAAGGAGGAGCUGCUGCGCACCAAGGACGCUCUGUACCGGCUGCAGCUGCUCAGCGAGGACUGCAGCCUGGAAGAGAGGGAAGAGCUGAGCCACAGGCUGGCCCUGAUCACUGUGGACCCUACACAGGAAGAACAAGAGGAUACAGGGAAGUGA